AUGGAAGAUCAACCUCCGAGGUACUCCAUGUUGGAGGCCGCUGGCUGGUCGGAUGAUAAGUGGUCUCAGAAUGGAGCCAAUGUCAACGAUGAUGGUCGCAUUGAGGUCGACCUUGACUCCAAAGUCUGUCGAACGGUCGCGAAGUUACUUCCGAUUUCGCACGGCGAGCAGAGACCUGCGUCGGUCCGGGAUCGUACGGAGCCUGUCUCCUGUGAUGUUCAGUUAAACAUCGUGAUCCAGGUCGUUGGCAGUCGAGGCGAUGUCCAACCCUUUAUUGCAUUGGGCAAUGAGCUUCAACUCUACGGCCAUCGUGUAAGAUUGGCGACCCACCCAGUGUUCGAGUCUUUCGUUCUGGAAUCUGGUUUAGAAUUUUAUCCCAUUGGAGGUGAUCCGUCGGAGCUCAUGGCCUAUAUGGUCAAAAACCCAGGCUUGAUACCUCAAAUGAAAAGUUUGCGAAGCGGAGAGAUUCAACGCAAGCGGGCCAUGGUAGCCGAAAUGCUACAGGGGUGUUGGGGUUCAUGUAUCAGUGAUGAUCCAGUCAGCCAAGUCCCUUUCGUCGCUGACGCUAUUAUCGCCAACCCACCUAGCUUUGCCCACAUUCAUUGUGCGCAAGCUUUGUCUAUCCCCUUGCACCUUAUGUUCACUAUGCCAUGGAGCAGCACCCAAGCUUUUCCGCAUCCGCUGGCAAAUCUUAAGUACUCGACUACUGAGCCAAAAAUGGCCAAUUACAUUUCCUACGGUGUUGUUGAAUGGAUGACAUGGCAAGGACUUGGUGACGUGAUUAACGAAUGGAGAUCUUCACUCAGUUUGGAGCCUAUCCCAGAGACAGAAGGGCCAUGUUUGGCUGAGACUCUGAAGGUGCCUUUCACUUACUGCUGGUCCCCAAGUCUUAUGCCGAAGCCAUCAGACUGGAAAUCAAACAUAGAUGUCUGUGGCUUCUUCUUUCGUUCGCUCCCAGACUAUACACCUCCCCCCGAUCUCGAUUCAUUUCUUCAAAAGGGUAGCCCUCCAGUUUACAUUGGCUUCGGCAGCAUUGUCAUCGAAGAUCCGGUUGCUAUGACGAAUAUGAUUCUCCAAGCUGUGAAGUCACUUGGUAUUCGUGCAAUCAUAUCUCGUGGUUGGAGUAAUAUUGGAGAGGCUGCAUCCGAUGAUCAGGUUUUCUAUCUUGGGGACUGCCCGCACGAAUGGCUCUUUCAACAUGUUGCCGCUGUUAUCCAUCAUGGAGGUGCAGGAACUACGGCGUGUGGCCUACGUUUUGGGAGAACUACGACUAUCAUCCCAUUCUUUGGAGAUCAGCUUUUCUGGGGUAACCUAGUCGCAUCCUGUGGGCUUGGACCUCGGCCUAUUCCCUAUCGCUCUCUGACUUCACAGAAUCUGGCGGAAGCUAUUCAAUUCUGCCUGCGACCUGAAGCCCAAUCUGCAGCUCAUGAUAUUUCAAGCCGAAUGAGCCACGAGAAUGGUGUUGCCGCCGCGGUUGCCUCGUUUCAUUGCCAUUUACCAGUGGAUGAUAUGCGAUGCAAUGCUCUUCCUUCGAAACCUGCUGUGUGGAAGCUCAAGAAAUCUUCUAAGCCCCCUAUCUAUUUGUCGAAAAUUGCCGCCGAGGUUCUAAUCAAUCAUCAUCGUUUGAAACAAAGUGAUCUUCAGCCUUACCUUGUCAAUCAAAUCUUCAUUCAGAAUCGACGAUGGGACCCAAUCACAGGCACAGCCUCCUCGUUGAUAGGAACCAGCACAGACAUGUUGAAAGCGACAGGUGAUAUUGUUUACAAACCAUAUCAGGAAUUUCGUCGCGUCCCCAACGGUCAAUCAGAGCCUGCCGUUCCAUCUCCGUCUGGCUCUCGAGCCCCUAGCAUUGCUUCUUCAACAGACGCAUCUUCUCUGCCUGGUUCCGGUGCGAAAAAAUCCUCAAAACUUCGAACUACGGGUGUGGCAAUGGAGGGCUCCGCAAAGAGUUUUGGAAAGGUCGUUGGCUACUGGUAUAAAGGCAUGCUCAUAGACAUGCCUUUAGCAGUGAGUGAGGGUCUUAGGGCUGUUCCCCAGCUAUACGGCGAUGAAGUCAGAGAUCACGGAACAAUUCGGGAUUGGAAGUCUGGGGCUACUUUUGCAGGGAAUAAUUUUGUUCAUGGAAUGGCAGACGGCUUUAGCGGCAUCUUCACUCAGCCUUACAAAGGUGGUCAAGAAGAGGGAGCAAAGGGCGUAAUGAAGGGACUCGCCAAGGGGACUCUGGGCGUGACAACUAAAGUUUCAUCCGCUGCAUUGGGCUUGGUGGCCUAUCCUGCCCACGGAAUGAUGAAGAGUCUGUAUACUGCGACGCACUCCAAAACACGGAAACAAGUUUUCCAGGCACGAAUUCAAGAAGGAAGGUAUCUGGCGGAACACUCAGCAAAUGGCCGGAAAGACUACCAACAGAUCAUUCGAAAUUUCGAGGCUGUCUACCGCAAUAAUGUCGACUCUGUCUACCCAUAA